CUGUGUAGCCAAGUGAAGCAAGAGGGUUACCUGGCCUUGCCUUGUCCCACAACUUUUCAACUUCCCUUUUUGCUUCCAUAAAACUCUGUAUUGGAAGAAACCCAAAUACCCAAAGAAACUGUUUCAAUAGAAAAAAAGCAUGGAUGUUGAAGUUGUGAAGUCAAGAUUCAAGACGGUGUGUGUUUUCUGUGGCAGUAGUACUGGCAAGAGAAACUGCUACAGAGAUGCUGCCAUUGAAUUAGCACAAGAGCUGGUGGCAAGGAGAUUGGACCUUGUAUAUGGAGGAGGAAGUAUUGGGUUAAUGGGUUUGGUCUCCCAGGCUGUUCAUGGAGCAGGAGGCAAUGUUCUAGGGAUCAUACCCAGAACCCUGAUGAGCAAAGAGAUAACUGGUGAAACAGUUGGAGAGGUAAGGCCAGUAGCCGACAUGCACCAAAGAAAGGCAGAAAUGGCCCGCCACUCUGAUUGUUUUAUUGCCUUACCAGGUGGGUAUGGAACAUUGGAAGAAUUGCUGGAAGUAAUCACUUGGGCUCAGCUUGGCAUCCAUGACAAGCCUGUGGGUUUGCUAAAUGUUGAUGGUUACUACAACUACCUCCUGACUUUCAUUGACAAAGCCGUGGAUGAUGGCUUUAUCAAACCAUCUCAGCGCCACAUCAUUAUCUCUGCACCAAAUGCCAGGGAGCUAGUACAAAAGCUUGAGGAGUACGUGCCAGUGCAUGAUGGAGUGAUUGCCAAGGCCAGAUGGGAAGUUGAUCAGCAGCAGCAACAAGCACAGCAACAGGUGGGGUUCAAUGCUACCACUUUGCAGACUGAGAUAGCUCUAUAAAGAGAGACAUUGAAAAUGAGAAGUUCAAAAGAAACUAAAA